CAGACCUUCUUAGCUAUGGGAUUUUUGGUUCAGGUGGUUUUCCUGCUGGCAAACAUAGUAUCAUCAGCGGUCAGAGGGAGAGUGGAAAGAGAGCUGUCCCCAGAGUGCAGACAGUUCCUCUACAUGGGAACACCGCCGUCAGGACUGGUGCACCACUCCCUCCAGUUUAUUUGCCAGCGCUACAACAAGAAGCCUCGCUACGUGACCCUGUACAACACCGCGGACCGCAUACCCAUCUACUCCGCCUACACCUUUAAACGCACGGACGGCGAGAAGUGUGCGGAUGUACCAUGGAUGUUUGAGCCUCAGCUCUCCACGACCUCUGAAACGGAGGAGAUGCAGCCCUUUCCCCGCGGCUACAUGCACAUGAAUUUCGAGGACGCCCAAGCCGUGCUGGACGACUACACGAACGCCAUCCUUUACGAGAGGGGCACCCUCAACCCGGACGAGCACCAGGACGACCCCGACGACAAGGCCGCCACCUACACCCUCACCAACGUCGUGCCCAUGGUGCCCUACUUCAGCGACGCAGUCUGGAACAGGCAGGCGCACAUCAUCCGCAGGCGGCUCAACAACUACUGCCGCGGGACAGCUUACGUCGUGACUGGGGUCACCACGUCCGGGAAGAUGAUCCGCCGGGACAACAUGAACCGCAUCGCAGUCCCCACCUACUUGUGGUCCGCUUACUGCUGUGUUGACUUUGACCACAACACGCCUUAUAACGAGCGCUACAGGUUCCCGUCCUUUGCCUACUACGCCCUCAACGACCCGGGCACCACCGGGGUGGUGGAAGUCUCCGUCCAGAAGCUGAAGGAGUUCCUCAGGAGGACAACCUACGUGAACCAGAACUUUCAAAUCUUUGUGGGCGACUGCAUCCCGGCAGCGUCCCGCAUGACCCAAUAGGGA